CGUCAUGUCUUUAUUUUGGUUUUAUUUUCUCAUCAUCAUCAUCAUCAUCAUCAUCAUCAUCAUCAUCAUCAUCAUCAUCAUCAUCAUCAUCAUCAUCAUCAUCAUCAUCAUCAUCAUCAUCAUCAUCAUCAUCAUCAUCAUCAUCAUCAUCAUCAUCAUCAUCAUCAUCAUCAUCAUCAUCAUCAUCAUCAUCAUCAUCAUCAUCAUCAUCAUCAUCAUCAUCAUCAUCAUCAUCAUCAUCAUCAUCAUCAUCAUCAUCAUCAUCAUCAUCAUCAUCAUCAUCAUCAUCAUCAUCAUCAUCAUCAUCAUCAUCAUCAUCAUCAUCAUCAUCAUCAUCAUCAUCAUCAUCAUCAUCAUCAUCAUCAUCAUCAUCAUCAUCAUCAUCAUCAUCAUCAUCAUCAUCAUCAUCAUCAUCAUCAUCAUCAUCAUCAUCAUCAUCAUCAUCAUCAUCAUCAUCAUCAUCAUCAUCAUCAUCAUCAUCAUCAUCAUCAUCAUCAUCAUCAUCAUCAUCAUCAUCAUCAUCAUCAUCAUCAUCAUCAUCAUCAUCAUCAUCAUCAUCAUCAUCAUCAUCAUCAUCAUCAUCAUCAUCAUCAUCAUCAUCAUCAUCAUCAUCAUCAUCAUCAUCAUCAUCAUCAUCAUCAUCAUCAUCAUCAUCAUCAUCAUCAUCAUCAUCAUCAUCAUCAUCAUCAUCAUCAUCAUCAUCAUCAUCAUCAUCAUCAUCAUCAUCAUCAUCAUCAUCAUCAUCAUCAUCAUCAUCAUCAUCAUCAUCAUCAUCAUCAUCAUCAUCAUCAUCAUCAUCAUCAUCAUCAUCAUCAUCAUCAUCAUCAUCAUCAUCAUCAUCAUCAUCAUCAUCAUCAUCAAUAUCACUCCUACUUUACAACGAACACUUCAACUGCCUUGUUAUAUUGAUGAAUUGUCUAGUCAAUUUGUUUCUUUCCGUCUCUCAACGCCUCUCAUGUAAUUUAUCGAUUGCAUAA